AAGAGGAAGAGACAGUGAGAAAGGAAGUGACAGAGAGAGAGAGUGGGAGCAGGAGGACGAGAGUGAAAAACAGAAAUAUUAAAAGACAGAGAGGACAGAGAGAGGAAAAGGUGGAGAGACACUGACAGAGACAGACAGAAAGAGAGAGAGGGAGAGAGAGAGAGGCUGUUCAACAUGAGAGCAGAGGAUUAAACUGUCGCUCUGCUGAUCUGAGACCAGCUGUCUGUCUGUCCACCUACAGACAUGUCCUCACGGGCUGAUAGUAAGACAGCCUCUCAGUUUGCCUAUCUCACCAUGAGGCUGAAGGAUAAGCUCCACCCGCCACGGAUCAGACGCACUGAGCGAAUCAAACACUCCCCAUCACAGAGGAGCAAACCACCUGACCUGAACCUGCAGGAGGACUCACUGCACAAGGGGGGGUUGUUGGCUGACCAGCAGCGAGCCGUCGUCAGUUCUCUUCAGUACUUCAAAGCUCUGGUGGACCGACUUGGACUCGACAAACCUGGAGUGAACAAACUGGUCCUGGACCAGUCCGUGGUGGGGGGUCUACUGGGUGGGGCCUCCGGCAGGGUCCUGGAGGCGGUCCAGACUCUGGUCCAGCUGGAGCCACACCUGCACAACAGUAAGACCGUCUCUGCCUGUCUCACUCGACUCUACCAGUCUCUGGCUGAGCUGAUUCGCUGGGCUGAUCAGGUGAUGCUGCAGGGCGUCACCCACGAUGACAAGGAGUCCACAGUGAGCGUUACCACGGUGAUCAGGGCCGUGCUGGACGGGGUCAAGGAUCUGGUUCGAUUGGCUGCAGAGAGACAAGAAGGCUCCUCCUCCUUGUCUCCUGUCCAAUCACAGCCUCCCGACCAGGAGACGCUGGGCAGGACGUCAACCUGCAGGACUCCUGCAGCUCCUGAGGAGGAGGAGGAGGAGGAGGAGGAGAAGGGGGUGUGGAUGGAAAGGAGACGAGAGGAACAGACAGUUUCAGCUCCUCCAAAACCACUAAUGCCCCUCCCCCUGGGACUCAGUCCUCCAGCUCUUCCUCCUAAGAAGCGUCAAUCAUUGCCAAGCUCCGUCCCCUGCAGGGUUGCCAUAGUCGCACCAAUGAGACGAGAGCCUGAAACUGAGUCACAGGACUGUGAGGACGACGACUGUUUGAAGCGCUGCUCUUCUUCUUCUGCAGAAUCUGCUGCUGACAACAACACACACUGUGAGGAGGAUCCAGAUUACGACUUCCUCCACACAGACCUCUCGUCCUCUGAGACUCUCCCCCUUCUCCCUCCCUCCUCCUCACUCCCCCCUGCCCUGCCGGAGAAGAGACGACGCAGCACUGCCGGUGUGACCAGCUCUCAGUCCCCACCUUCUUUUGAGUUUGAUCCCGCCUCCCAGAAACAGAACCCCGCCCACUCUGAUGAUGUCACUGAUCCUGACGAGCCUCUGUCCUCCCCCCUGUCCCCCAGCAAGACUCCCCCUCCCCUCCCUGAGAAGAAACGGCACAUCCAUCAGUACCUGCAGGUCUGUUCGUCGUACAGCGCUCAGUCUGCAGCCAUGUUCUACCAGCGACCUCCGACCUUUGGUCAGAGUUACAGACAGAGAGAGGUGGACACCACCCACCAGCUCACACACACACACCUGGACGCAGACUCCGCCCCCUCACCUGAGCUGCCUCCUGCUCCGGCUCUACCACCGAAGAAGAAACAGCAGGAUUCAGCCGAAGACGACAAACAGACCAGCGUGAACCAGAACAGAGACAGUUCUCAGAGUUUCCAGCAGGAGGAGGAGGAGCAUGGAGGGAGGAGCAGGGAGGAGCAGGAGGAGGUGUUACUGACUGACCAGCAGGAGAUCCUCCACAGAAUCACCAUGAAGCCUGAGGAGGAGGAGGGGCCAGACGUAAAGGCGGCCUCUCCUGAGAUCCUACUGGUCUACGCCACAGAGACUGACAGCAGCACCGAACAGGUCCUGUAUUGUGAAGCCUUCCUCUCCACCUACAGGACCUUCAUCAGCCCGAGCGACGUCAUCGGCAAACUGCAGUACAGGUAUAAACACCUGUGUGAAGGACGUGAACCUGCAGACCUGAGAGCUGCCAAAAAGACUUUCCACCUGCUGGUCAGAGUGGUGGAUGAGCUGUGUGCAAUGGAGCUGGACUCUGAUUUGCUGCUGCUGCUGAUGGACCUGGUGUUCAGGCUCCUGAUUGGUGGAGAGCUGGGACUAGCUCACCAGCUGCGCUCCAACAUCCUGUCCAAAAUGGAGCAGAAGUGGCAGCUGAUUGGAUCUCCACAGUCACUCCGCCCCCUGGCAGCCAGGGGCGUGGCAGCCAGACCAGGAACUCUGCUGGACUUCAGGAGUCAGGAUUUAGCUGAACAGCUGACUCUGAUGGACUCUGAACUCUUCUACAAGAUUGAGCUGCCAGAGGUGUUGCUGUGGUCUAAAGAGCAGAAUGAGGAGAAGAGUCCAAACUUGACAGAGUUCACUCAGCACUUUAACAACGUGUCUUUCUGGGUUCGUUCAGUCAUCAUCCUUCAGGACAAACCUCAGGACAGAGAGAAACUACUGCUGAAGUUCCUGAAAGUCAUGAAGCACCUGAGGAAGCUGAACAACUUUAACUCAUAUCUGUCCAUCCUGUCGGCUCUGGACUCCGCCCCCCUGCGACGCCUGGACUGGCAGAGGAGCACAGCUGAGGCUCUGGAGGAGUACAGCUCUUUGAUUGACAGCUCGUCAUCAUUCAGAGCGUACAGAGCAGCUCUGGCCGAAGUGGAACCUCCCUGUAUACCUUACCUGGGUUUGAUCCUUCAAGACUUGACCUUUGUCCACCUGGGGAAUCCUGACAACUUGAUGACAUCAGAGGGUUCAAAGGUCAACUUCUCUAAGCGCUGGCAGCAGUUUAACAUCCUCUACACGCUGAGGAGCUACCAGCAAGUUCCUUACUCUCUGCAGCCCAACGAUGACAUCAUACUGUUCUUUAAUGACUUCAGCGAUCACCUGGCCGAGGAGGCGCUGUGGGAACUCUCUCUCAGGCUCCGCCCACGGAACGCCCCAAGAACCAAUCAGAGAUGACAGAUUAAAACCAACCAAACUGGGACAAAGACUGGGUUAGCCUGUGCUAACGUGUUGUAACAGAGAAUGAGGACACACCUGGUGCUAUCCUGAAUCAGAGUGGGCUAAAGUGAUGCUAGUCUGAGGCUAACAUCACACAGACACUUGUUCAAAGCUGUUCAUAAACUGGGCUAACCACAGCUAACUCAUGCAAACUCAUGCUAAAUGUAAUAACCUUCAAUAACCUGGACCAUCAGCUACCUGCUUCGUCUGGGGCUAACCUGUAGCUAGCCAGGUAUAUCAAGGUGGACUAAUGUGCAGGCUAGAUGGGUGUGGCCUCCUCCUGUGUCUGACCUCAGAACUGUAUUUGUAUUCACUGCAAAAUUCCAAUAAAUAUCACUGUUCACCUGUCAA